AUGUUUAUCCUCUUCACCGUGGAAAGUAAGUUCCGGAAAAUGCAACGAGUGACAGCUUCGAUUCUACGAUUCAUCAACCACAUUCGUCCAAAUGGACAGAGGCAACAUCGAUACGGUCCGUUAUUAAUCGAAGAACUUGCACAAGCUACUCUGGCGCUUGCAAGCUUUGUCCAGAAAGAAGCUUUCCCAGUGAAUUUCCACCAUUUGUCCGUUGGUCAAGAACUGCAUCGGAAAAGUAAACUGAUUCCAUUCAAAGUUUUCCUCGACACUUCGAGGUUCACGGUACCUAGAAUUGGCGGAAGGAUCUGUCAAGCUGCACUGCCCGUUUGUCAGAAGCAUCCAAUCGUACUUACAUCGGAUCAUCCAUUUACGCAUGCGUUGAUUCGUUCAUAUCAUGAGGACCGAUAUGAACUGAUGCACGCUCCACCACAAAUGUUUUUAAGUGCCCUCCGACGACGAUUCUGGGUAUUGAACGGACGCAGUGUCGUUCGCAAAAUCAUCCGUAGAUGUGUUAUUUGCUUCCGGGCGAAGUCGGUAUUGAUGCAACAAAAGAUGGACGGUCUUCCGAGAUCUCGUUUGGAAGGAGUUUAUCCCUUCCUUAACACGGGUGUGGACUUUUGCGGCCCAAUGUACAUCCGCCAGCAUAGCAAGCGAUCAUUUUUGCACCAUAAACAAGGAGCUAUUCCAAUCCCAAAAGAUGAAGCACGACGGGAUGAUUGGUGCGAAAAAUCAGCCAUUGAGUGGCAUCUCAUUCCUCCACGCUCUCCACAUUUCGGUGGCUUGUGGGAGGCUGGAGUCCGCUCAACUAAGUACCAUCUGAAGCGCAUUACUGGAACGGCGAACAUGAACUUGGAGCAAUACACCACUGUACUUACUCGCAUUGAAGCCAUUCUCAACUCGAGACCAACCUAUAUCUGA